AUGAACAUGUCUUCUCCUUCGUCCUCAUCGCUGGCUCGGUCCUCGACCUCUUCCAGGAGGUCUUGAUCCUCGGAGUCGGGAAACGGAGGUGGACUGCGCUCGGAGCUCGACGCCAUCUUUUAUUUUGUUUUUGUUUUUUUUUAUACUAACUAGGAUGGAACGUCACCAAAGCAGGGUUCUUCUCCACUGAUCAUAUGACUUUCAGCACACUGGUUAACUUCUUAGCUUAAGAGAAAUUCGCAGACUCUCUGAAACGAGAAAGGGGAUGCGCUGUCGAUUUUACUUCCUGGUCCACCUCCUUGGCAGGUUAGCUUAGCGCCGUUAGCAGUCAUGAGACCGAACUUGUCAUAAACAGCAGGGCGGAGGAGCAGGACAGCAGCAGGCAUGAAUUCCGACGACCGAGAGCCCCUUCUCUCCACAGGGUCACGGGACGAUCCGGAGUUAGACGAAGGGGAUGUAAUAUUUGACUCGAGUGAGCAUUCCACGGAGGUGCGGCGACUGACGUUUGAGGAGGCACUCGAGGAGACAGGGUUUGGAGUGUUCCACUUCCUGCUCCUGUGUGUCUGUGGUUGGGCGAACGCAAGCGAUGCCAUCGAGGUUCUUUGUAUAUCCUUCCUACUUCCAACAGCUCGCUGCGACCUGCUGUUGAGUUCCUCUGACAUGGGCCUGCUGACCGCCAGCAUCUUUUUGGGAAUGAUGGUAGGCGGUUAUGUCUGGGGCUAUAUGGCGGACCAGAAGGGACGUCGCAGUGUGUUGGUGGUGUCCCUGGCUGUUAAUGGGCUGUUUGGAGGUCUGUCCAGCUUUGCCCCAUGGUUCUGGCUUUUCCUGCUGCUGAGGUUCAUCAGUGGUAUUGGGGUAGGAGGCUCAGUUCCUGUCAUCUUCUCCUACUUCUCAGAGUUUAUGCCACGGCACAGAAGAGGAGCAAUGAUCAGCGCCCUCGCCACCUUUUGGAUGGCAGGAAACAUCGUAGCUGCAGGACUGGCCUGGGUGGUGAUUCCCAGAACUUGGGCUCAUUGGUCCAUAGCAGGCUGGACCUUUCAGAGCUGGAGGCUGUUCGUGGUGCUGUGUUCGGUGCCAGGCCUCAGCUCAGCUUUGCUCUACAGGCUGCUGAUGCCUGAGAGCCCCAAGUUCCUCAUGGAGGUGGGCCGAGAAAAAGACGCCAUCCAGGUCUUCAGUCUGAUGUGUCGAAUGAACAUGGGUGGCAGCGGGAAAACUUUUCCGCAGAAAUGCAGAUUGUGCAUCCCUGAGCAGCACGAGACGCGCAACAACUCCCAAAUUUCACUCGGAGAAAGACUCAAGCAGGAUUUUACCAAGGGUUUUAAGCCAAUUCGACAUAUGUUCAGAAGUCCUCUCAAAUCUAGGAGCACCGUCAUGUUCAUUGCCUUCUACUGCAUAUCCUUUGGCUACUAUGGACUGUGGAUGUGGUUUCCGGAGCUCUUUGCCAGGAUGGAAGAUGGCGGCUCUCCCUGCACCAAUGUGGUGCGUCCGUCUCCUCAGCAGAACCAGAGCUGCUACCCUGUAAAGACAGAAGUGUACAAAGAGAGCUUCAUGAUGGCUGCGUCAAACCUUCCUGGCAACAUCUUCACUAUCCUGCUCAUGGACAGCAUCGGGGGAAAGAUUCUGCUGUCUGGCAGCCUGCUGGUGUCCGGACUGAGCGUGUUCCUCAUAUAUGUGGUAAAGACCAAAGUUCAUAGUCUCCUGCUGUCGUGCAUCUUCAGCGGCGUGUCUGUCAUAGCCUGGAAUGCUCUUGAUGUUCUUGCUCCAGAACUCUACCCGACAAAGCUACGCUCCUCCUCGCUGGGCUUCUUCACUGGGGUGGGGCGGGUGGCAGCCAUCACAGCUAACUUGGUGUUUGGAGCUCUGGUGGACAGCGACUGUGCCGUGCCGGUGCUGCUGGUCUCUGCUCUUCUGCUGACGGGAGGAGGCGUGGCAAUGCUGCUGCCACAGACUCGACAGACAGAACUCACGUGAACCUGAACUCACCACACCUGUGUCUGUGUGCCACUGACUGAAGUGUCAUCAUGCUGGCCUCACAGGAGCCCCCUACCUUCCGUAGAAGUGCUGGUGUUAACUUUGAACCACAUCUUGUGCCGACAUCAACAACUUUGUAUGAAACAUUCAUUCACUCCAACUUUUUGCUACUGCAACAUUUUUAAAGUGACUUCUUGUCUUUGCUAUAUAAUACGCUCCAGGUGAGCAAGCAAUUUCUGACCAAAGUUUUUCAUUGUGUGCUUUCAUGAAGGCAGUCUGGCUGUUGGAGGCUGCAUGGUGGGACCAAAUGCUCCUUGUUUAUUGAUGAAUAACUUUAUUUAAAACUGAGAGGUGUCUGGGGCUUUCAAGUGACCUGCAGUUUUAACCUUUGUGAUACAGGUACAUCUAAUGUUGGAAGAUCCAUUCACCAGGCUCAGUGACUCUGUUUAACCUGCUAAGCUCUCCCACUUCACAAGGACACUCUAGUGCAACGGGUGAACGCAGUGUGACUGGUCCAGGGUCAUGUGUUUAUAAUGCAAUAAACUUAAUCAUGGUAUUAGUACUGACU